GUUCUCGGUGCCCCUCGGGCUUGAGCCACCUUGACUCCGGAGGGGCCGGGCAGUGCCCGGGGGCCCUUUUGCGCGCGGAGCGACCGCGGGAUUGGCAUCUGGUCUCUGGAGAGUGGUGAGCUCCGUGUACAUCCAACCAUGGGCGCAGAGUUUAGACUGGAAGGCACAGUGGACGACAUCCCGAGCAGCUCAUUUUACAGAUGGGGAAACUGAGCUUCAGAGGGGGCGUGGCUUGCCCCAGCCAGACUCCUUGUUGAAAUUUGAGGAGGGUGCUGUCUUCUCAGAGAGCCUGGCUGGAGAAGACUGAAGGUCAAGGUUAGAAGCCUGAGUGAUUCCCCCCCAGAACGUGGAUGAUGGCCUCGGAGGUGCCGAGAGUAACCACUGCCCUGAGCCCCUUAGUCCAUGUCCCUCAAGAGGAAGAUGACCAGGAGGAGGAGGUCGCCACCAUGAUCCUGGAAGACAACUCCUGGGUGCAGGAAGCUGUGCUGCAGGAGGAUGGCCCUGAGUCGGAGCCCUUUCCCCAGAGCGCCGGCAAGGGCAGCCCCCAUGAGGAGGUGGCCGGAGGGCCACAGGGUGCCCUUGGCCGUCUUCGAGAGCUCUGCCGGCGCUGGCUGAGGCCAGAGGUGCACACCAAGGAGCAAAUGCUGACCGUGCUGCCAAGGGAAAUUCAGGCCUGGCUGCAAGAGCAUCGGCCCGAGAGCAGCGAGGAGGCGGUGGCCCUGGUGGAAGAUUUGACCCAGACCCUUCGGGACAGUGAUUUUGAGAUCCAGAGUGAAAAUGGGGAGAACUCUAACCAAGACAUAUUUGAGGAUGUUGAAUCACAUGAAAUGUUCUCCGAAAUGCCUGAAGGGGAAGGCAUUCCACAAUCUGACUGGGAAAGUGACUUGGAGAGAGACUGCAGCUCCCGGGGGCCCCGGGGAAACACCCCAGGGGAGGACCAUGGGGAGGUGCCACCCCAGGGCAGGGAAGUUGGACAGCUCAUAGGCCUUCAGGGCACCUACCUGGGUGAGAAGCCCUAUGAGUGUCCCCAGUGUGGGAAAACCUUCAGCCGGAAAUCCCACCUCAUCACGCACGAGCGGACCCACACAGGAGAGAAAUACUACAAAUGCGACGAGUGCGGAAAAAGCUUUAGUGAUGGUUCCAACUUCAGUAGACACCAAACCACUCACACCGGGGAGAAACCUUAUAAGUGCAGGGACUGUGGGAAAAGCUUCAGCCGGAGUGCAAACCUCAUAACCCACCAGAGGAUUCACACGGGAGAGAAACCCUUCCAGUGCGCCGAGUGUGGCAAGAGUUUCAGCAGGAGCCCCAACCUCAUCGCCCAUCAGCGGACUCACACGGGGGAGAAACCAUACUCGUGCCCCGAGUGCGGCAAGAGCUUCGGCAACCGGUCCAGCCUGAACACGCAUCAGGGGAUCCACACGGGAGAAAAGCCCUACGAAUGUAAAGAAUGCGGCGAAAGCUUUAGUUACAACUCCAACCUCAUCAGGCACCAGAGAAUCCACACAGGAGAGAAGCCGUACAAGUGCCCUGACUGUGGACAGAGGUUCAGCCAGAGCUCGGCCCUCAUCACCCACCGGAGAACUCACACGGGAGAAAAACCUUAUCAGUGCAGCGAGUGCGGGAAGAGCUUCAGCCGCAGCUCCAACCUGGCCACGCACCGGAGGACCCACCUGGUGGAGAAGCCCUACAAGUGCGGGGAGUGUGGGAAGAGCUUCAGCCAGAGCUCCAGCCUGAUUGCACACCAGGGGAUGCACACGGGUGAGAAGCCCUACGAGUGCCUGACAUGUGGGGAGAGCUUCAGCUGGAGCUCCAACCUCAUCAAGCACCAGAGGAUCCACACGGGUGAGAAGCCCUACAAAUGCAGUGAGUGUGGGAAAGGCUUCAGCCAGCGCUCCCAGCUGGUGGUGCACCAGAGGACCCACACGGGUGAGAAGCCCUAUAAAUGCCUCAUGUGCGGCAAGAGCUUCAGCCGGGGCUCCAUCUUGGUCAUGCAUCAGAGAGCCCACCUGGGAGACAAGCCAUACAGGUGUCCCGAGUGCGGGAAAGGCUUUAGCUGGAAUUCAGUCCUCAUCAUACACCAGCGAAUCCACACCGGAGAGAAGCCCUACAAAUGCCCCGAGUGCGGCAAAGGCUUCAGCAACAGCUCCAAUUUUAUCACACAUCAGAGAACUCACAUGAAGGAGAAACUUUACUGAAGGGGCAUAGAGGGAAGGUGAGGGACUGGCCCAGGAGGGCACUUGCCACUCUGCCCCCAGACAGGGAUGUGUCUGUAGAAGAGCCAUUCUUCCUAAAGGCUUGUUGGGGAUCUUUGCCAGAAUCUUACCCCUGCUCACCCUCAUUUCUAGGAUCCCAUCAUCUUAGUGGUCAGUCAAACCCCGAGAACAGAGCGUAGGAAUGGAAGGUCGGAAAGCUGGGGCUUUUUCUGUCACUUUUCUCGACUUGAUUGGCUCCUUCGCUCUUGAUCCUCUGUGCCCCAGUUUCCUCUUUGGUAGAACAGGGGGGAUAUUUCUCCGUGUGGAACGGAAGACAGCAUGGCCCGCAUUUUAGAGAAAUACCAGGAACCUGUUUGUGUUGGCUGGUCGUUCUGCUGCCAGUUGUUGGGCUAAGGUGCCUUCACCCGAGCUGCUAGCAUCCCAGGGCCCCUGCCAUGGCAGAACUGGCCCUUCCUGCCUUUGUGUCCUGGGGUUUGAUUUCGGGUCAAGGUGGAGGGGCUUCUCCAAUUCUGAGUCAUCCACAUGAAGCUAAAGCCCUUUUCUCGUUCUAGAAAGUGUCAGAACACCAAAACACGAGGGAGUCUGGCCCAGAACCAGUGUCCCAGUACCUUUCCAUUGAUAGGAGUUGCCCAGGGCCUGCCAAGGAAGCCAUAAACGGAGGAGAUGUAUAUGUUUGCUCUUGUCUCUGCUUACUGUCCUGGGGUAAGUCGGCUGUGGGUCGGCGGGGACACAUUUAUUCUUGCAGGGUUUCAGUUUUUGAGUGUGAGGUGAAGUCAGAGCCGCCAGCUGCCUCCCCCGCUGGAUGGUAUUUCUAUCUUGUUCAGGGUGAAACCGUCCUGCACUCUGCAGGGUCACCUUGUGUCUUUACCCCCCAGAUACAUGGCCCCGUAAUCACUCUGUGCACUUGUCGAUUUUAUCUUACAUAUACAGAUCUAGAAUUCUGUCUGGUAGCUUUUGUAUACAAAGAACGUUAUUUUUAAGGAAGUGUUGAUUUUGAGGACACAUCACCUGUACCCUGGAGAGAUUUGGGCUUGAAUCAAGAGUUGUCCUACAGAUGUUGCCCUUGAUCUUGGGAUGCUACCAGGGCUUUGUUCUUGGGUCCUUGAGCUGUGAAACAGUAAAGACUGGAUGAUAGCAGGUGAAGGGGUUUGUUAGGAGGGAAGAGGAGGGUAAAUAGGCUUUUCUCUCCUACACAUAGGGCCUGCACUCAGAAGGCACCUUGGUUCUUACAGGGUGGAUGCUCCAAAUUGCCUAAUAAAGUAGAGUCCCAUUCUUUUCCUGAGUCUGUCUUUUCACAUGUGUUAAAAACCCAAACUUGACAAACCCAUAUCUCACUUCCCCACCCCACCCACCUCCUGCCCCAGGCUGGAAGUGGUCCAAGACCUUUAGGGGGAAAAAAAUCACUUGCUU